AAACUGAUCUUUACUGAAACUGGUUACGAGCCUCGCUCGGCACCACACCCACCGUAUUUGUCAAUUUUUUCGGUAUAAAAGCCACCAACGAGCCCCCAAUCAGUAUCAUUUGCAUUACAGCAAUCCACCACACAACUCAAAAAAUGGCCGCUAAGAUCGUUAUCUUCUUCGCCGCUUUGGCCGCCGCCAAUGCCGGUUUCUUAGGAGCCCCCGCCGUCUCCACCUACGCCGCCGCCCCCGCUGUGUCCUACGCCGCCCCGGCCGUAGCCAGCUACGCCGCUCCCGCCGUCGUGGCUAAAGCCGCCCCCGUCGCCACCUCCUACUCCUACACCGCCCAAGCCACCCCCGCCAUCGCCGCUUACGCCGCUCCCGUUGCCAAAGUCGCCGCUCCCGUAGCCGUGGCCCAUGCCGCUCCCGCCGUAGCCGCCUAUGCCGCCCCCAUCGCCCAUGCCCCAGUCGCCGUGGCUCAUGCUGCCCCCGCCGUAGCCGCCUACGCCGCCCCUGUUGCCCACGCCCCAGUUGCCGUGGCUCAUGCCGCCCCCGCCGUUUCCGUCCACCCAGCCCCCAUCGCUAGAUACGCCGCCCCCGCCUACGGAUACGCUCACGCCGCCCCUGCUCUCGGCUACGCUCAUGCCGCCCCCGCCAUCGGCUACUCUGCCGGUUUCGCUCAUGCCGCCCCCGCCAUCGGCUACGCCGCUGGGUACGCUCAUGCCGCCCCCGCUUUCGGCUACGCCGCCCCUCACGCCAAAUUCUUCUAAAUGUACAUAAUUGACGAAAAUUCAGUAUAAUAUUGUUGGAGUCUGAAUUUUCAGAGGGUGCAAAACUGUAAUGCAAAUGAUUCGGUUUAAUUUAUUUUGUGUACAGAUUUGGAAUUUUGUAGAGCACGUUGUAUUUAUUUUUGUUGCACAUGAACAUAUUGUACUGAGUUUCUUUAAAUGAAAACUUUAAUUAAUUA